AGCUGCUAUGUGGACACUGGAUCUCUCUCUUUUCUUUCUUUCUUCUUCUCUCUCCCCCCCCCCUCCAAUUGCAUUCCGUCCUGGCGGUAUGAUUCUCCCUUCCCCGCGGGAGGAGGAUGCAGGAUCUCUGUGUAUGGGCGGGAGAACCUCGCCAGGGCUGAUGUUGGUGCCUAUAAAAUCCUGCCCAUCUCCCCUCCAUGUCAGAUCAGAUGCUCCGGCUGCUUGUGAAUGUUGAGAAUUGGAAGCACCCAAGGAGUCCCAACUCAAAUAAGUGACAGAUGGCUUGCUAGACUGCCAUAGCCAAACUGCGGCACCAGAUGCAUCCCAAAUUGCCAAGUUGAGGGAGUGCCUGUACAUACUGUAUGUAUGCAUAUACAUACACACACACAUAUAUACAAACAUAUUUCUGCAAACCCACAGACUGGCAAUUGCAUACUUUGGAGAGUUUUUGCCAUGGAUGAAAAUUAAUUCAAGCACCAGAUGGAGCGACCUGACAGCACAAAGACCAAAAUCCCAUGGAAUGCCAUCUGCUACUAGUGGUCAGUUUGCCAUACGGUCUGUGGCAAGUGGGGAAAAAACCCUUCCAAGAAGCAGCAUAAGAAAAACACCCUCUGCACAGAGCAAAUUACACAAAUACCUCUAUGAAAUAAAUAAAACAGUCUGAGUGGAGGGGAGAUUGAUAUUGGCAUCCCUGAAAGCGGAAUAAUGCGCAAAUCUCUGGUGCUUUUCUGCACUGGACUCUGAUCGAUGCAGUGGGGUUUUCAUAUGUCCGCCUGUUAAGUUGUGACAAGUAAUCAUGUGCUGAUGACUGGAAGCAGGCAAGUUUAGGAGCAGUGGGACAGAUCUAGGGAUUGAGCUUCACAGACUUUAUCAUCCUGUAUUGAGUUUUGCAGCUCAGUUUGCUGCUUUUUCUUCUCCUGAUUACUGUUAAUGCAGUUCUUAUUUGGGUUCCUUGUAUCAUGGUACAAAUAUUUGAUAAUAAAUAUUACUCAAAGCAUUUGGAACACUUUUUAAACGCAUUCUACAGCUGCAAAUGUGUUAAAAUUAUGAAUCUGCACUCUGGAGAAAUAUCAAUAAGGAAGGAACCUAUUGGAUGUGCAGAGGAGGCAUGAUGGGAAACCGUAGAAGGAAAGGGAAGUUGGAUUUUCUGUGCGGCUCCCCAGACUAUUUCUAAUUGGCCUUCUUGAAUCCAUCAGGAUCUGCAAAUAAUCGCUUACUUGAUGUGCUUUCAGCUCUGGCACUUCUUUUAACAAGAGGAUGAAAAGCGAGUCCUACAAUUCUCUCCUAGUGGAAAAAAGGGGAAAGACAAAGGCAUAAAAUAAAAUAAAAACAGCCCAAACUAUUGGAGUUUACAUGAGGUGAAUGUCUUUGUUUGAGAAGCUUAAAAGGUUCAGAGUGUUUAAGGAACAACAAGAACACAACGACAGCUAAGUGCAAAGGGGCUUUUCUUUUCAUGCCUGCAUGGGGCUGUGAGUUGUGAGGAAGCAGGCAAGGCAGUGUGAUAAACAGGGACUCCAUUGGAGGUGGUGGGGAAGCCGCAAAGGAAAUGGGGCAGCCUUUGGAUUGCAGAGACUGCUGGGUUGAACAGUGAGCAGUUGAGUUCAGAAAGGGCUUUCCCACCUGACUUGGCACAUUGGUAACUGCCCAGAACUCUGGUGUUCGGUCUCGCACGGUCUGUGUGCCUUUCCCCCCACCCCUUUAUGCAAUCUAUUUCAGCUUUAGCAGCGGAAAUUUCAUCUGACGGGGAAGAUCUGCCAGAGGGUGGCUUUGAGGAAAGAUGAAUGUCCGAUAUUUAUGAACGUGUGAAAAUCCAACUGAAGGAAAUCUUUUUAAAGCCUUAAGUUACUUGAAACCCACACAUCUGCAAACCUUUGUCUCUGGAAUCGCAUCAUGCUAUACUGGAAAUCUCAGGCUGUACGAUGAUUAUAUCCAAUUGAGCAAAAAGACGGCUUGCCGUUUCCUUGAACGCCUCUUCUGCAGUAGCUGUUUCUCCAAAGGAUAAGUGUACCCUCACUCCAAUGACUCCAAAUCAAAAUGAACCUGGUUUUGUUUUGGUUUUUUUAAGCAUUACGUUUUCUUAGCCGACUGUCGUCAUCUUUUAUAGAGAAAUUUUUCACUAUGCAUUUGGUGGAUAUUUAUAAAAACUGACCUUCUCUCUCCUCCCCACUUCGUAUUCUGAUCUGUCGAAACUCUUGAACUUAUCAAUAAAACAGAAGCGUCAGAUUUACAUUUUCUGCACUAGACAUAGUACUUUCUUAUGCCAAAAGGGAAAUAUAUAGCAAAGCAUGUAUGCCGCAGUGGAACAUGGGCCUGUUCUCUGUAGUGAUUCCAACAUCCUCUGCCUCUCUUGGAAAGGCAGGGUUCCUAAAAGUGAGAAGGAGAAGCCUGUCUGCCGCAGGCGAUAUUAUGAGGAAGGCUGGCUGGCGACGGGCAAUGGCAGAGGAGUUGUGGGUGUUACGUUCACCUCCAGCCAUUGUAGAAGAGACCGGAACACUCCGCAACGCAUCAACUUCAAUUUAAGGGGCCACAACAGUGAGGUGGUACUGGUAAGAUGGAACGAACCAUUCCAGAAGCUUGCAACUUGUGAUGCAGACGGUGGAAUAUUUGUUUGGAUUCAGUAUGAAGGCAGAUGGUCUGUGGAACUUGUGAAUGACCGUGGGGCACAGGUGAGUGACUUUACAUGGAGCCAUGAUGGAACACAAGCACUGAUCUCCUAUAGAGAUGGGUUUGUGCUAGUUGGAUCAGUCAGUGGACAGAGACAUUGGUCUUCAGAGAUUAACCUGGAGAGUCAGAUCACCUGUGGCAUAUGGACUCCUGAUGAUCUACAGGUCCUCUUUGGCACUGCUGAUGGCCAGGUUAUUGUCAUGGAUUGCCAUGGCCGAAUGCUGGCACAUGUUCUUCUUCAUGAAUCUGAUGGCAUCCUGAGCAUGUCCUGGAAUUACCCGAGCUUUUUGGUGGAAGAUAGUAGUGAGAGUGACACUGAUUCAGAUGACUACUCCCCACCUCAAGAUGGUCCAGCUGCAUAUCCAGUUCUGGUGCAGAACACCAAACCGCUGCUCACUGUCAGCUUCACAUCAGGAGACAUUAGCUUAAUGAACAACUAUGACGACUUGUCUCCUACCAUCAUCCGCUCAGGGUUGAAAGAUGUAGUGGCUCAGUGGUGCACGCAGGGAGACUUGCUGGCUGUUGCAGGCAUGGAAAAGCUAAGCCAGCUGGCUGAACUCAGCGGUGCUUCCUUUCUGAAAAGUGCACUGGUCAAGUUCUACAAUGUUCACGGAGAACAUAUCUAUACCCUGGAGACUCCUGUGCAGCGUCCCAUAAUCUCAAUCUGCUGGGGUCACAGGGACUCCCGCCUGCUCAUGGCUUCUGGUCCUGCCCUCUACGUUGUCCGAGUGGAGCACAGAGUGUCCAGCCUACAGCUUCUGUGCCAGCAAACCAUCGCUAGCUCCUUGCGGGAUGACAAAGAUAUCAGUAAAUUGACUCUGCCUCCCAGGCUCUGCUCAUACCUCACCACUGCCUUUACACCAACGAUCAAGCCUCCUAUCCCAGACCCCAACAACAUGAGAGAUUUUGUUAGCUACCCAACAUCUGGCAACGAAAGGCUUCACUGCACAAUGAAGCGGACAGAAGAUGACCCGGAGGUUGGAGGGCCUUGCUAUACACUGUAUUUGGAAUACUUAGGGGGUCUGGUGCCUAUCUUGAAAGGGCGCCGAAUUAGCAAACUGCGGCCUGAGUUUGUCAUCAUGGAUCCAAAGACUGACGGAAAAGCAGAUGAAAUCUAUGGAAACAGUUUGAUUUCCACCGUGAUUGACAGCUGCAACUGCUCUGAUUCCAGCGAUAUUGAACUGAGCGAUGACUGGGCUGCAAAAAAGUCUCCCAAAAUCACUCGAGCUAGCAAAUCACCCAAACUUCCCAGAAUUAAUAUAGAAGCUCGCAAAUCUCCAAAGUUGUCACGAGCUGCUCAGGAGAUAUCAAGAUCUCCCAGGCUACCGAUAAGGAAGCCUUCCAUAGGUUCACCAAGCCUAACUCGUAGAGAGUUUCCUUUGGAUGAUAUCACUCAGCACAACUACCUUGCUCAGGUCACGUCAAAUAUCUGGGGAACCAAAUUCAAAAUUGUGGGUUUGGCUGCUUUCCUACCAACCAAUCUUGGUGCAGUUAUCUAUAAAACCAGCUUGCUGCAUCUCCAGCCUAGGCAAAUGACGAUAUACCUUCCAGAAGUGCGGAAGAUUUCCAUGGACUAUAUAAACCUUCCUGUCUUCAACCCCAAUGUUUUUAGUGAAGAUGAAGAUGAUUUGCCAGUGACUGGAACAUCUGGAGUUCCCGAGAACAACCCACCUUGCACCGUAAACAUCCCGAUUGCUCCUAUUCACAGCUCAGCACAAGCAAUGUCACCAACACAGAGCAUAGGGCUGGUUCAGUCUUUGCUGGCCAAUCAGAAUGUGCAGCUGGACGUCCUCGCCAAUCAGACGACAGCUGUGGCAGCGGCGGACCACGUGACUGACAACGCAGUCCACUACCCAAUCCCAAGCAGGUAUUCCAACCCAGGCCAAGUGAUCUUUGGAGGAGUUGAAAUGGGGCGCAUCAUCCAGGCACCCCCUCAGCUCCCCCUGCCACCCCAGGGUGCAAUCCAGAUGGCAAUUGUGGACCACAGAGAUGGGGACAGAGACCACGAACACCUCCAGAAGGCCAAGACGUUGCGUCCAGUGCCACAGGCAGCUGAAGGAGAAGCAUCCGUCUUCACCACUGCCCAGGAAAUUCAGAUGAACAAAAUGAAUCCUCCCCCUCCGUACCCUGGAACCAUACCAGCAGCUCCCACCACAGCUCCUCCUCCUCCUCCUCCGGUACCUCCCCAACCUCCCAUAGAUCUCUGCUUGAAAAAGGGAGAUUUCCCCCUUUAUUCCACAGGGCAUUAUCAAACCCCUCUCGGCUAUGAAAGAAUCACUACCUUCGACAGCAGCGGGAAUGUGGAGGAAGUUUGCCGGCCUCGAACGCGGAUGCUGUGCGCCCAGAACACUUACACUCUGCCAGGGCCUGGCAGCUCCGCCACUUUAAGGAUCACUUCCUCAGAGAAGAAGAUUCAGCAGCCCUGUACCAGCGCCACCCUAAACAGGCUCACGGUGCCGCGUUACUCCAUUCCAACCGGGGAUCCGCCACCUUACCCAGAGAUCGCAGCCCAGCUGUCUCAAAGUCGCGGCAUGGCCCAGAGAUUGGACAACAGCAUAAUUCACGCCACUCUGCGGCGGAACAGCAGAGAGGCAGCACUGAAAAUGGCCCAGCUGGUCGACAGCCAGAGAGCCACUCUGCAGCUGCCCCCGAAACUGAAGAGCAACAUUGUGGCAGCCCAGUACCAGCAGAGGGUGCCAACGGCACUCUACACCUGCAGCCAAUGCAGCAGCGGCAGUGGCAACAACGGUGGUGGCGGCGGUGGCAGCGGCAACUCUAAUAGCGGAAGUGGGAAUAUGAGUGGCAUCAGUGGUAACAGCAGCACGUCCGGCAUGAACAGCAUGAGACCGGACAUGACGACCGGGAGCAGCUCUCAGCACAGCUCGGUCAUCGCACACUCCGUCAGUACUUCGCCCCUGGCCUCCCAGUCCUCUUACAAUUUGCUUAGCCCACUGGACAGCUCUCGUGAACGGACAGAUUAUGUGAACUCUGCCUUCAUGGAGGAUGAAGCUCUUUCUCAGCACUGCCCCGUGGAGAAACCGGUGCGCCACAUGCCUGUGGCCAUGGCCGAGCCAGGCAUUGGUGUCAAAAGACCACCCCCCUAUCAGUGGGAACCAAUGGUGGGUGAGGAGAUAUGGGUCCCUCAAGAAAGGACAGCUCCGAGUACUUUGCCUCACCCUGCCAAACCUGCCCCCCUAGUCAUUGGCCAAACUCAGCACCUGGAUAUAUCCCGAGCACCGUUUGUUUCCCCCAAAUCUCCAACCAGUCCCACUGCCACUUUCCAGAUGAGCUACGGGGUUGGAGCCCCAUACUUGGGGAACUACGGUGUUCCUCCCCCUCCUCCCCCUCCUCUUCUUCAGGGAAUGCAGGUCCCCUGUUCUCCCAAAGAAGCUUUGGCCCCACCCCAGAUUGCACAACAGGAGCCAACGGUUGUGCUUCAGCCAGGUUACCCCUCCAACCUUGCAUACUGCCCUUUGCCCCCCCUGUACCCUGGAAAUAGCACUUGCUCGAGUUUACAGCUGCCACCAAUGGCCUUGCACCCGUGGAAUUCCUACAGCACAUGCCCACCUGCUGCGCAGAGCACCCAAGGCACUCUGCCCCCCAAGGCGCUGCUGGUGGUGGAGAAGCCUGUCAUGUCUCCUCCACCACCACCACCACCACCAGUGGAGCCUCAAGGCCACGCGGGCACGGAUGCAAUGGCAGAGACAGCAGACAACUUCCAAGAAGUUCUGUCCUUGACCGAGAGCCCCAUGCCUCAGCGGACAGACAAGUUUGGGAAGAAGAAUCGGAAGCGCCUGGAUAGCCGAGCGGAUGAAGGGAAUAUGCAGGCUAUUACGGAGGGAAAGGUCAAGAAGGAGGCAAGGACGACUCUGACCGACUUCAACUCGCUGAUAUCCAGCCCUAGGCUGGGCAGGGAGAAGAAGAAGGUCAAAAGUCAAAAGGACCAGUUGAAGUCCAAAAAACUGAACAAGAUGAACGAAUUUCAGGACAGCUCAGAAAGUGAGCCUGAACUGUUUAUUAGCGGGGAUGAGCUAAUGAACCAGAGCCAGGGCAGUAAAAAGGGAUGGAAAACAAAAAGGAACUUGAGAACAGCCAGUGAACUGGAUGAGUUUAAGUGCCGGAAAGCCAACGAAAAGGAGGAUGGGCGACUAGGAAGCCAGGGCUUUGUGUACGUGAUGGCUAACAAGCAGCCCUUGUGGAAUGAGGCAACACAAGUCUAUCAGCUGGACUUUGGAGGGAGAGUGACCCAAGAAUCUGCAAAAAACUUCCAGAUUGAGCUGGAAGGGAGACAGGUCAUGCAGUUUGGGAGGAUCGAUGGCAAUGCUUACAUUUUGGACUUUCAAUAUCCAUUUUCAGCGGUGCAGGCCUUUGCAGUGGCUCUGGCUAAUGUGACUCAGCGCCUCAAAUGAAAAAGAGAAAAAGACCAGAGAGGGGGAGGUAGAGAAACCCUGAUAAAUCUUUCUCAUAAGGGCCAACCCACGAAGGCCUGGCAGAGACGUGCAAAGGAUUCUGCAAGUAAAGAAGAAAGUACAACUGGAAGAAAAGAGCGAGUGCCCAAAGGAGGGCAUCAACUUUAAACAUUAUCGGGGAUGGGGUGGGGACUCUGUGGUUUGGGAUUUAUUUUAUUUGAAUCAACAUAUGUGCUGGUUUCUUCAGGGCAAGCCAAGGAGGAGAGCUAUUCAGUGUUAUGUUGGGAAAUGUGGCUUUUGGCUUGUUGUGGCGGUUCUUCUGUGUUUGCUGCAAAAAAAAAAUAGCUGAUGUAAGCUGAUAGAAGGAUUUUAAAAGACUGCCCUUCGUUUUCUUUCAUUCUUUUAUAGACUGCCUUAUACCAUGCUGUUCUUUUUAAUGCAGGGAAUGCAACUUUCUUUCCCCCUGGACCACUUUGUACUAUUUUCAUCAAUAGUUACAGCAAAAAAGAAAAAAAAGAACAAAAAUGCUACAAUAUACUUGAAGACACAUGUUUCUUCUCUGAUAACUGAGCACUGUAGGCACCAUGGAGGUUUUUCAGAAACCUUACCUAGUUUCCAAAAUGUUAUUCAAAAGAAAAACAGAGCUGUUACCUGUUGGAUUGCUUGCAAAAGAUGGCCUGAUCAGCACAUAAUGCUAAGACAGAUGAUGACAUAGCUUGGAUGAGCAAGUGUGCAGCUACAGAGAGCAAAAGUUGUGGCCACUUCACUCCUCCCCUGCUCCUGCUGCUCCUGUGAUACCCAGAGCAAAGCCAUGGUUUGGCUUAAUAUUGCAUGUGAACCUGGGCUUGUGGUUUGUCCUAACUCCAAACAAGCCAUGAGCUGUAAGCAAGGUUUUUUUCUUGGUAAAUCAUUAGUUUGGAUUGAUACCAAUGCUAUCACUCAGCAAGGCCUAAAGUGGGAAACAUUAUGACAAAUCCCCUGGGUUCACACAGAACGAAAGAAAGAGGAAGGAAGGAAGGAAGAUGAAAAAGUGACAAACCCAAAUACGGUCCCAGAAUAUAUGAGGAAUCUUUAAUAAAAGUGUCAGUUGCCUGAUGCAUUUCAGUAGAAACGUUCCUUGGGGUCACGAGAAUAUUAUUUUGUUGGAAUAACCUAGCAGGAAGACGUGUUUCCCUGCUGGAGAAUUUUAACAAAAUAAAAUUCUGUGUCAGGGACUCUGCGUCCCAGAGGUAGCUUUCUGCAUAAAUGCAUUGGGCAAGUGACAUGUUUAUGUCAGUUCCCUCAUCUAUCUUGGCACCUUUAAUCUUUUUUUGCUGCACUUCUUGACCAUGACACCUUCCCCAUGGAAACUAGCAGCCUAAGUCAUUCAGCGUUGGAAUUUUUGAUUGCAGCCUUAGAAAAAUAUCCACCCUUCCUUUGCUCACAGGCUUAUUUGACUUUAAUUCUCCCCACCCAUGAUACAGAGCAUGGUUUCUCAAAGGUGGCCACCAAGAUAUUUUGUGUGCAUUUGCUCGAUUGAUUCCAUUGAUUCUUCUGUAUGAAACAGGCUGCAAUCAAGAAAAAACUGAGAGGAAAAUGUGCAUACACACACAAUCGGUGGAGUGCAUUCUCUCAUUUCACUUGCACGGGAUAACAAGAGGUAAUAAAACACUUGGAUGGAAUCGGCAACCCCUUCUGGCACAGAGCCUAUAGACAAAUGAAUGGCCAUGUGCCCCCUCCAUUGCUUCCUAAUCAAUAGCAUGCAGUAGGUUAACCCUUAAUGCAGUCUUCCCA